UAGUGAUGAAGAUGUCGUUAAUGAUGAAGAUGAAUAUGACACAAUUUAUGAAUUUGAACAAAAUGCAAGUCAUGAUUUUCAAAAAACUAGCCAUGCAACAAGUAGUUCUGAAAAUGACAGCUCUGAAAAUGAAUAUCGAGACAAAGAUGAAAUAAUGAUGUCAAAACUUAGCGAAUGGGCAGUCAAAUACCAGGUUCCUCAUAGAACAAUUUCGUCACUAUUAGAAAUUCUACGUAAUGACUACCCUUCUCUUCCUAAGGAUCCACGUACAUUGCUUCUUACUCCUCAGAGUUACGCUGUGAAAAACAUUACAGGGGGGCAGUACUUUCAUUUUGGAAUUUCAAGUUCUUUAUCAUAUCAGCUUUCUGAUAGAAUGGAAUUCAAUAUUCCUGGUAAGCAAGUGAAAUUUCAAGUGAAUAUUGAUGGUUUACCUGUUUUUAAAAGCACCUCAAUGCAGUUCUGGCCAAUACUUGGUAGAGUCAUCCAUCCCUUUCUUGGUCAACCAUUUAUCAUAGGCCUCUUCUAUGGGGCUUCCAAACCACCAAAACUUGGUGAAUAUUUAAACGAAUUUGUAGAAGAAAUGAAGGGUCUUGAGCGUGAUGGGCUAGACCUCAAUGGCCUCAAAAUUGAAGUUUCCAUUUCAUGUUUUAUAUGCGAUACACCAGCCAGGGCGUUUGUUAAAGGAGUGAAAGGCCACAACGGUUACUCUGGUUGUGAUAAGUGUCUUCAAAAUGGUAAAUGGUUGAACAAGAUGACAUUCCCAGAAACAAAAGCGCCUCUAAGAACUGAUCUUCAAUUUGAUGAAAUGGCUGAUGAAGAGCAUCAUUUAUUCAGAUCACCACUGAAUCAAUUAUCAAUAGGUAUGGUUACCCAGUUUCCACUUGAUUAUAUGCAUUUGGUCUGCCUAGGUGUCAUGAAAAAACUGUUGUUUUUAUGGAUGAAGGGUCCCGUUUCUGUAGGAUGUAGAAUUGGAGCAACUGCAAUAAACAAACUGUCAGAUAAGCUAACUCUGUAUUCAAAAUACAUCCCAAGGGAGUUCUGUAGAAAAGGGAGAUCUCUCAGGGAAAUAGACAGAUGGAAAGCAACAGAAUAUAGAUUAUUCUUAUUAUAUACUGGGCCGGUUGCCCUAAAUGAUAUUUUGUGCAAUGCCGUGUACUUAAAUUUUCUGCUUCUUUUGUCGGUAUUACCUGUUUAG